UCUUCUUCUAACGUGUUAUCACAAAUCUUCAUCUUCACAACAACAAUGAAAGUGAUCAUCUUCGCACUACUCCUUUUCGUAUCACUCAAAUAUGUCAGGUUGGAUGAAGAUUAUGAUAUUGUCGAUUACACAAGAGUUAUCAAAGAUGAUUGUCCGAACGGAGCACCGUAUUGUGAAGAUAGUGACAAAAGCGCGAAGAAGAAUAAGAAGAAAGGACUGAGUCAGAAAAAUGGGAGGCAAUGCAUUGGCAGUAAUUGCAAAUAA